AUGAUAAAAUUAGAAGAAUUGCAAAUUAAUGAGGUCAGAGACAUGUUUUUCGAUAAAUGCAUGAUGCUAAUAUCAAAGAACCAGAAUUCAUCUGAUUUGAUGCUCAAUGCAGUUGAAUUUAUUCAUUUUUAUCUGAUUAAUUCGGAAAAUUUCGAACCUCAAAAAGUUGUUUCAAUUUCAAUGCUAUUAGCAGAUUGUUUCCAUGAUUCAACAAUAGAAGUUAAAGAAUCAAUAGCAAAUCUCCUUUAUUUUGUCGUUACAAAUAUUUCGAAUUCUUUUUUCUCAGAAUUCAAUAAUCCGAUGUUUUUCGCCUUUAUAAUUGAUAUAGGAAGCCUUCAUAAUAACGAUUUGCUCGAAAAAUCAUUUAUUAUGAUUGAUACAAUUUUUCAUUUCCUUUCUUCAACAGGAAUCGAUGUUUCUGGACUGUUCGAAUCAUAUGACUUGGAUGAUGAUUUCGAAAACCUUAUGGAAUUAGGAAUAGAAUCAAAAUCUCAAGUAAUUCAAGAAAUUAUUUCGAAAUUUGUUUUUAAUAAUGAAGAAUAA